AUGGCAUCGGAUGACGCGACACGUCUUGUUUCGGGUCUUUUAAAACAUCAUUAUACAUUCUCUCCAAUACUUGGUUUUCCAUUAACAACAAAAAAUGCUCGUGAGCUUGAUUUAAGUAUUCAUAAUAAAGAAAUACAAAAACAUCCAGAUUGGGAAGCCUAUGUUAAUAGUCUUGAUCAUAUAAAUUUUGUUUGGUUAGGUGGAUAUGGUGAAGAACGAAAUAUUUAUUCUCAAGGAGCUCAAUUUGCUGAAAAUGAUCGUUGUAUACAUUUAGGUGUUGAUAUAACAUUAAAAGCCAAUACUCUUAUUUAUGCUCCACUUGCUGGACGUAUACAUAGUUUUCAAAAUAAUGAUAAACCAUUUGAUUAUGGACCAACAAUAAUUCUCGAACAUGAUCUUGAUAAAAAUAUACAUUUCUAUACACUCUAUGGACAUUUAAGUUUGAUUAGUUUGGAAAAUUUAACUGUUGGACAAUCUUUUGAACCAGGUCAACUCGUUGGAUAUAUUGGAAGUAAAUCUGAAAAUGGUGGUUGGAGUCCACAUUUACAUUUUCAAAUUAUAUCUGAUAUGGAUAAUAUGAAAGGUGAUUAUCCUGGUGUUGCAUCAAAAAUCGAUGCAUUAACAAUGCUUCAUAAGUGUCCUGAUCCACAAUUAAUUCUUGGCUUUCCUGAAAAACCAGUUAUUUAUUAA